CGUGUGUUUGUGUUGGUGUGACGCAGCUGUCAUUGCAGCAGGCGGCGGCCUAGGUGACAGUGCAGCUGCAGUCGACGCUCACGCCGACGUCGCACCGCUUGUCAAAUGUAACAAAAGAGGCAAAUGUAAAACGAAAGGAAAAAGCUUCUACGUGACCGAUUUGAAGUUUUCGCUUAUUAACUGUGGGGAGGUGGACAUAAAGAUGCAGAGAGCUUUUCAUUGAAUGCAGUUUAACUGACAUAACUACAAGCAUUUGACAAAAAAGGAAGGAAGAUAACAACAAGUGAAAGAUAAAACAAGCAAACCAAACGAAACCUUGCUUAGAAAACAUAUAAGCAAAAUAAUAUUUUCAACUGCAUGAUAUAUUGAAAUUUCCUGAAAGCUGCUGAAAGAAAAACGCGCCAGGCAGAGAGCACAACCCAAAGCGCGCAUCGCCACGUCGAACGACGCGACGGUCGGCAAAAUCAAUAUUUUUCCCUUCCUCCUCUUCUAUCCUUUGGAAACUUUUCGGCAAACAUGGAUGACGAUCAACAAUUUUGUUUGCGCUGGAACAACCAUCAGAGCACGUUAAUCAGCGUCUUUGAUACGUUGCUGGAGAAUGAGACACUAGUCGAUUGUACGCUCGCCGCCGAGGGCAAAUUUCUCAAGGCCCACAAGGUGGUGUUAUCAGCAUGCAGUCCCUACUUUGCGACUUUGCUGCAAGAACAGUACGACAAGCAUCCGAUUUUCAUACUCAAGGAUGUCAAGUACCAGGAGUUGCGCGCCAUGAUGGAUUACAUGUAUCGCGGCGAGGUGAACAUCUCGCAGGAUCAACUGACGGCACUGCUAAAAGCCGCCGAAUCGCUGCAGAUUAAAGGUUUAUCCGAUAAUCGCAGCGGCACCGGGCCAGCAGCUGCCGCUGCAGCCCAACAACAGCAAGCACCCAAGCCCGAUACACAUCAUCGCGUUAAGCUGAGCGCUCCCUAUACACUCGAGCAGACAAAGCGUGCGCGCAUCACAACGGGCGGUGCAGCUGUGGGUGUUGGGGGCAUGGUCGAUGCUGGAGAUGUGGCCGGUUCGCGUGAAGGCUCCUCCAGUCCAUCGCGUCGUCGUCGAAAAGUGCGACGCCGUAGCAUGGAAAAUGAUAUGCACGACAACUCGAAUUCGUCUGUGCUAGCCGCCGCCUCCAAUCAGUCAAUCCUCCAACAAACAAGCGCUGGCUUAGCCGCCUCCGCUCUGGUCAGCACUCAAUUGGCCAGCGGCAGCGGUGUAGCAAGUGCAACGGUUGCUGCUGCCGCAGGCAGCGGCACCGGAAGCCAAGUAAUCAACCAGCCAUUGACCAGCAGCAGCAGCAGCAGCAGUAACGUUACCAAAAAGACUGAAAGCGCUAAACUAACAUCGACAGCAGCUGCCCAGGGCGCCCAACAACAACAGCAACAGCAGCAGCAACAACAAACAACAAGCGAUGCCAUUAACACCGACAAUGUACAACAACAACAGCAGAAUCAAGGCGCCCAAGGCGAGGCCGAAGAGAUGGAUGUGGCAAGCGGUGGUGCUGCAAGUGGCGCUGUUGCCGUGCAUCCCGGUGUCGUUAAGCAAUUAACAACGCUCGACAAGUCGAAUCAUAAACAAAAGAUCAAAGAUAAUAGCAUAACAACAACUGAAAUGGUCAUCGAGCCCAAGGCCGAAUACGACGAUGAUGCGCACGAUGAGAAUGUUGAGGAUUUGACUUUGGAUGAGGAGGAUAUGACAAUGGAGGAGCUGGACCAAGCGGCCGGCACCAGUCAGGGUGGCGAAGGAUCUAGUCAAGCAUAUGCAACAUGGCAACACGACAGAUCUCAGGAUGAACUUGGACUAAUGGCCGCACAGGAUGCACAGCAACGGGAUCCACAAGAUGCCAAGCAGGACAAAGGCGAACAAACGGAAGGCGCCCACGAUGAGUUCGAACUGGACGAUUGCCUGCUGGAGAGCAACGAUAUUGUCAUCACCCAGAACAAGGAUGGCUUUGUGCUGCAUGUCAAGAAGCUGGGCAACAUUACGACGGCCAAGAUGGGCAGCACUGCGGAAGAGCAAACAGCAGCGGUUACCGUGACAGGACCCGCCGGCCAGCCAACCCAAACGAUCACCGAACUGCUCAGCCAAGCGGCCCACAGCGCCGAUAUUAAACCCACCCUGACCACAUUGACGAAUACGCCCAUCAAAUUGCCCUCUUCUGAAUGUGAACUAAUCAACAUUAAGAAAAUCAUACCCAGCUCAACGACACUUGCCCCGCAUGGUGGCAGCAGCAGUGGUGGCACCGCCACUACCACCAUAAUACAUCCGCAUCACAUUAUUCAGCAUGUGACACAGGAGACACAACAGCAGCAUCAGCAACAACAACAGCAUCAGCAGCAGCAGCAACAACAACAUCAACAGCAGCAGCAGCAUCAUCACCAACAGCAGCAGCAACAACAACAACAGUUGCACAUUGAGGAGGUGCCACAAAGCUCGCAUCAUCAUCAGCAGCAGCAACAACAACAGCAGCAGCAGCAGCAACAACAACAACAGCACCAUCAUCAACAACAGCUGCACCAGGGUGCUCAGCAAGUACAAAGCAUCAUUACAGCCCAUCCGGGACAGACGAUCAAUUUGGUGGGUCUGCGCAAUGUGCAAAUAGCCGAACAGAAGCCAAACAUUACAUCGCGCAUACGUUACUCGCGUGGCAAAAUAAUAGCGCCGAGCGUUAGCAAUUUGCAGAUUGUGGAGACACAUGAGGCCAUACCGCAUCAGCAUCAUGAGCUGGCAGAUGGCACCAAGUAUGAGAUUAGCGAAAUCGAUCUGAACAAUCCAAAUGCAUCGGCGGCCAUCAUUAGCGAUUUGGUCAAGUAUGCCGAGAUCGAUGACAUCGAACUGCCGGAUGGCACCAAAAUUGGCAUUGGCUUUGCACCCUCCGAGAUCACCGAGCAUAUGCAGACGUCAGCGGGCGAGACGCAUAUUACCACCAUUGAGCAUGAGCCGCAGGAGCUGCAGGUGCAUCAGCAUGAUCCACAGCAACAGACACAUCACAUACACGCCUCGCAGCUGCAAGCGCAUCACAUACAUCAGGCGACAGUGGUGCAGCAACAGCAGCAGGAGGAGGAUCAUCAUCAGCAGCAGCAGGAGCAUCAGCAUCAUCACAUCCAGCUGCAGGCGGACGAUGAUGAUGGUGUUGAGACCAUAAUACCCGAAGAGCUAGGCGUGCAUGAUUCGAGCAAGAGCUAUACCAUUCUAACCACACGACCAAUGAAAGAGGAAUCGGAUGCUGGCGGUGAUCCCAGUAGCAUGACCUACGAAUUAUCGCUGAGCGACUCAUCGCUAGGUCCCUGCGAUGAUCCCGAAUCGCGUUAUGUCUGUCGUCACUGUGGCAAAAAGUAUCGCUGGAAGUCAACGUUGCGUCGCCACGAGAAUGUCGAGUGCGGCGGCAAGGAGCCGUGUCAUCCAUGUCCCUACUGUACCUACAAGGCUAAACAGCGUGGCAAUCUGGGCGUACAUGUGCGCAAACAUCAUCCCGAGAAGCCACAGCUGGAGAGCAAGCGAGGACGCAAGAUCUAA